UUCUCGAUCUUUCUCACAGGAUCCUUAGACGGGAAAUGCUUGCUUGCUUCGACAACCAUCACCGGCUAUCCAUCCUUUGAUAAACCCUGAAGAUAAAUAUUUCUGGGUUCCAGUUCAUCUGGAAUUUCGGAUUCAGAUAUGAACCCAUUGGGCACCAUUGCAGGCCUCCACUUCAGCCACUAGACAAACAUCGUUGCUGCUUUGUCUGGGUCCAUCGACCUUGCAAUCAAGAACCUCAUGAGCGUCGGGUCGCCAUGCCCCUGCAAAGACAAACCCAUGAAACAAAAACUUAACCCAAUCAAAUACACUGGUGCGUUGUUUGACAAAGGUACAGAUCGGUUUGCCUCUGUGGAAGACCCGAGCUUCUCAACUGAUAUCCUCACCUGGGUCAGUGCGAUUUCUUGGUUUUUCUCCAUGUGAAGUUCUCAGAAGAUAGUUAGGCUUGUUUUCAGAUUAAAAAAAGAUGGAUUUGAACUGGGAAUGAAAAGAAAAACAAAAUAAGCUACUUUGACUCAAUUUCAAAAGAUUAAUAGAAAGCUUUCUCAAAAAAAAAAAAAAAAUAAUAAUAAUCCAAAGCGAGAGGUGUUGAUUUGAAGGGGGUGGAGCAUAUGGAAGAGACGUGAGAGUUCCGUUGACAGAACGCAACAUUUGGUAAAAGAAGUGAACCCUCGAGUCUCUCUCUCAUCGUCUCACACUCUCCUUCACUCUCUGCAAAGGCAAAUGCGAGCAGGUGAAGGAAGUAAAAGAAUGAGAAAAGAAAGAAUAAAAAAAACAAACUAACGUGGCCACGUCAGCUUGUGCAAUUCCAUUUGUGAAAAUGGUUGAAACUUUAGCAUUUCUCUUUUUCUAAGCAUAAAUUCCCAUCCGAUUGGGAUCCAAUGUAUCAAUCUCUCUAGCUAGCGCACUUUCACUCUCUUACAGUACUACGCUUCCACUGAUCAUGGCUUCCACGGCGGCAGAGAAGGAUGCCGCUAAAGAUCAUGAAUUAAACGGAAAGCUGUACAAAGCUCUGCUGAAGGAAGAGGCGGAUCAGGUGAUACAACUCUGCGAAGGUAUUGAGGACCAUGCAUUGCACAAACUGACCGUACACAACGACACAGUGCUCCACAAGGCCACUUACGCCAAACAAGGCAACUUGGUACUCAGACUUCUCGAUGCCUUGCCUCACCACCAUCUCUACAAAAUGACCUGCAAAAACGACAUCGGCAACACUAUCCUUCACGAGGCGGCUACUCUCGACCAGGAAAACUCAGUCGAGGUUGCCACCAAGAUGUUAGAGAAAGCCCCGGAGUUGUUGAGCGUGGCCAACAAUAUUGGAGAGACUGCACUCUUCCGGGCAGCCCGCUAUGGCAAGACUGAGAUCUUCGACUUUUUGGCAGAGAAAAUCUCGGGAGAUGAAGAAGCCAAACAGCAACCAUUUAUUCAGAGGACGGACAAGACCACUAUUCUUCAAAUCGCCAUCCUUGCUCAGCACUUCGGUUUAGCUCUGAAAAUAGUUGAACUAUUCGAACAUAUAAUUGAUGAAAGAGACGAAGAUGGUAUGACUGCUCUUCAGCUUCUGUCAUGUAACCCUUCAGCUUUUCUAACUGUGCGCAGACGGGGACUACUCAAUAGAAUUAUUAACUCUGGUAUGUAG